CGUUCAGUCGUCCCUCUGUCAGCCGUUUCGCGUUUGCGCUACUUACAGCGGAUGACAUCGAUAUGUCAAUACGUAUAAAGUAUAAAAUCUUGCACAGUGUAUAAUGUUGUAGAAAUACAAGAAGAUACACAGAAAAGAAUCGUAAUUACGAUAGUGGUUAGGUUAUGAAAAAGUCGAACAAAUACUGGACAGGUGUGGGUAACAUUUCAACAGUGUGUUUGUCUGAGGUAAAGAGGGACCGUGAGGACCUCGAAGACAAUCUUCCGACUUUUUACAUGAAGGAACAAGAUAUUCCUGAGUAUCUGGAAGGCUGUGGUUUAACCACCUGUACAGCCGGUGACAUGCCUGAAGACGUGGACGUCCUACGGGACAAUAAAGAGCAUACAAAGGAAAAAAAAUUAUCCUCUGCGUCUAUAGCUGGUCCCGAUACGAAAAAAACAGUAACUGUCAAACAUCCCGAAUCAAAUAAACCGAAACCAACCACGAAAAAAGGCAAACCGAUACAAGCUGAUCUAGAUGUGUCCAAAGAAUUUACAAGAUGUAGAGAAGAAUGUGUAAAACGGCUGGAUUUAAGUAAAUCCAGUAUCACUAAUUUACCUAGUACCGUGCGAGACUUGACGCACUUGGUCGAGUUUUAUCUUUACGGUAACAAACUCGUAACAUUACCGCCAGAAAUUGGUUGCCUCGCAAAUUUAGAAACAUUGGCAUUGAGUGAAAAUUCUCUGACCAGUUUGCCAAAUACAUUAGAAAAUCUAAAGUCUUUAAGGGUUCUUGACCUAAGGCACAAUAAGCUGAGUGAAAUACCUGAUGUUGUUUAUAAAUUAACAAGUCUUACUACAUUAUUUUUACGCUUCAAUCGAGUAAGAUACGUAAGUGACAACAUACGAAAUUUGACAAAUUUAACAAUGUUGAGUUUGAGAGAAAAUAAAAUCAAGGAACUUCCUGCUGGUAUUGGCAAGUUAGUUAACUUAAUAACAUUUGAUGUAUCCCAUAAUCAUUUAGAGCAUUUACCUGAAGAAAUUGGAAACUGUAUCCAAUUGUCUACACUUGACUUGCAACACAACGAGCUUCUGGAUAUUCCAGAUACAAUUGGAAAUCUAGUUUCAUUAACAAGAUUAGGACUUAGAUAUAAUAGAUUAACUAAUAUUCCAAAAUCACUAGCAAACUGUAAACUGAUGGAUGAAUUUAGCGUUGAAGGAAAUCAAGUGUCUCAAUUACCGGAUGGACUGCUUGCAAGCCUCUCUGACUUAACAACAAUUACAUUAUCCAGAAAUGCUUUCACUGCAUAUCCAUCAGGGGGACCAGCCCAGUUUACAAAUGUUUAUUCUAUUAAUCUUGAACAUAACAAAAUAGAUAAAAUACCAUAUGGUAUUUUCUCUAGAGCAAAGAACCUGACAAAAUUAAACAUGAAAGAGAAUCAGUUAACUGCUUUACCUUUAGACAUUGGUACAUGGGUCAAUAUGGUUGAGUUAAAUUUGGGUACAAAUCAACUUACAAAAAUUCCAGAUGAUAUUCAAUGCCUUCAAAGUCUAGAAAUUUUAAUACUUUCAAAUAACUUAUUAAAACGUAUUCCUGCCAGUAUAGCAAAUUUACGUAAACUUAGAGUUUUGGAUCUUGAAGAGAAUAAAAUUGAGUCUUUACCUAAUGAAAUUGGUUUCCUAAGAGAUUUGCAAAAAUUAAUUUUGCAAUCAAAUCAGGUAACUUCUUUACCUAGAGCAAUUGGUCAUUUAACAAAUUUAACUUAUUUGAGUGUAGGGGAAAAUAACCUGAACUACUUACCAGAGGAAAUUGGUACAUUAGAAAAUUUAGAUUCACUUUAUGUAAAUGAUAAUGCAAACUUACACAAUUUACCAUUUGAAUUAGCUCUAUGCACAAAUCUCAGUAUUAUGUCAAUUGAAAAUUGUCCACUUUCUCAAAUACCACCAGAAAUUGUUGCGGGUGGUCCUUCUUUAGUAAUUCAGUUUUUAAAAAUGCAAGGACCUUAUCGAUCCAUGUAACAAAAUUAGAAAGUUAUCUCUUGUAUUGACUUAGAUGUCGAUUCUUAAUGAGAGUGAUACAGAAAUAAAUAAUAUUUGAUACAAAUAUUUAUUAACUUAAAUUCUCACUGUAAUGAUCUCACAUCAAUAUAAAAUAUAUGAAUAUUAUCAAUAUAAUGUAUGAAAAUGUGCAUAUAUUUAUAUUCUCAUAAAUUGAAUAAUGAAUAAUCAUAUAUCUGCGAUACAUUUUCAACAUGAGGAAAGAAACAUAUGUAUAGAUAUAUUAUGAAAUUGGUGCUGAGUUGAAAAUAUGCACAGCAAAUAGUAGAACUACAAGAGAGUGGAAUUAUAAUAAGAUAUUUUAGAUACAGUAAAGACAUAAAUUAUACUGAAAUUUUAUUAAUAUGGUAUACAUAUAUACAUAUACAUACACAUAGUUUAUAAUACUUUACCCAUCAACAUUUUUUUAUGUAUAUUUUUUAGUAAUAUAUAAUGUAAUGUAAUAUAUUUUAAUUUGCAUCUAAUGUGCUUUGUUACUAUUUUACAUUAUGAUAUGUAUUCUAAUUAUAAUUUCAAAAAUUAAUAUCUAGCAUUUAGAUAUGCCAUAACAAACUUAUUAAGUUUACAGGUUUAAUACACACAGUUACCUGAAAAUACUAUUCUUAGGUACAUAAUUAUUAUUUUAACAAUUGUCUUAGUUACAAAAGAGUGAGAUAACAUUAUCAAUUAGAGAAAGUAUAAAAUUAAGAAUCGGCAUCCAUACCUUUAUAUUUUAGUUAUUACUGUUUGUUGCUAUAUAAAGAAAAUCUUUUGGUGACAAAAUUACAAUAAUAAUAAGCUAUAUUAUAGUAUAAAGCUUGUGUAUAAUUAGUUACUUUAUGUUAUAUCAGGUUAUCAGUUGUAGAAAGAGCUUCAGUUAUAAGUAAUUAAAAAAAAAUUGCUCUUCCAAAAUACAAAAUCUAGUUAUGUAUAUAAUUUAACAAACUAUAAUGAAUGGUGUAUUAUUUUUUUAUUUCUAAGACUAAAUAUAAACAAAUUUAAUUAUAAAAUCAUGUAUCAUGAGGAAAUCAUAUAUGAUAAUAGUCCUAUUUUUUAUUAAUCUUAAUUUCUACUUUUGCAUCUGUUAAAUUAGUUGCAAUAUUCUGUAACGGUUAUAAGAUAUAUUUAAUUGUGUACUUUUACAAAACAGUUAAACAUUUAAUAGUACUUGGUUUUAAUGAUUUAAUAAAUUAUAAUUGUAACAAGUAGAGCAAUUAAAAUCUUUAAUUGAAUCACUAGUGUGCUCUCAUCAGAUAAAGAGCUGCCAAACAUAAAUAUAAUAUUAUCUAGUUUUAGUAUUGUAUAAGAUUAAUUUUUGUUAAGUUCCAUGAAUGGUAGCUUCUAGUGUAACAAAAAGGAUAUAUUUUAUUGACAGUAAAGUUCUUAUAUUAAUUGUGCACAUAUAAAAAGUAUUAGUAUCAGUAAUAAUAUAAUAGCUUUGAAUGUCUCUGUGUCAAUCAUAUUAUUUUUAAUCAUGUACAUAUUUAUAAAUGUGUAUCUGUAUACACGUUUUAUAAGGAAUUCAUGAUUGUACUAGUUGAUUAGAUUUUAUUUAUAGCCAAGGACAUAUUGAUUUUUUAAACAUAUUAUACAUUCUUGCACGUGGACACCCUAAUGAAAUAUUGAUAUCCCAUCCUUUCUAUUUAGAAAAUAACAUAAUACUAAAGAUUUCGUUUAUAAAUUUUUUAUUAUGCAAUGGCUGUGCAAUAUAUAUACAUAUAUAUAAUAUUUAGCACAACUUUACUUACAGUAAUUACUUCAAAACAUUAUAUUGAUACAUUAUAAGUUAUCAAACAUAUUAAUCAUUUAAUUAAUGUUAUUUGCAUACACUAGAAGCACUAUUCCUUGUAUCUGUUACAGAUUAAAAAACAAUGAUAAGCAUUAACAAAUAUAUGCAUGCAUAGACAAAUUACACUGAUGUUCAGGAAUUCUGUUUCAAUUUCUAGAUAAUAUUUAUUAUGUAAAGAUAUGAAAUGAUUAAUUUUACAAUAUUGACAACAAAACGUGGAACUUAACAAAUUUUCAAUUACAAUUAAGAAAAAAUAUAUUUUAUAAUCAUUCACCAAUAUAUGUAAAUGUAUAAUUUAUCAUGUGUCUACAAUUUUUCUAUACUAAUUAUGUUCCAGGUAUAAGAAUAUUGUGUAAUUAUAUUAAACUUGUCUUUCAAAUAUUUACAAAUUGUCUAUUAAAUAAUAAAGACCGAUAAUAACGUUACACAAGUAAGAUUUCUCUUGAAUUCAUGCUACAUGUUUUUCUUCAUUGUAUAAUAAAUUUUGUACAUGAAAUUGAUAAUGAAAAUUUUAUGCAGUUAAAUGCUCUCAGGUCGUUUCAAAUCGAAAUAAUCAGUGUCAAUUUAUAAAGAUCAUGCCAAGAUGAUUGUGCUUGUAUUUUCUAUUUUCUUAUUUGAAGUAAUAUAAUGAUAGCCAUGUGUAUAAUUUAUUAACCAUACAACAUUUAUUCUUUCUACUAAAAAUAUGUACAAAAUGUUAUAAUUGAGAUAUCAUUUUGUUUCACUAAUGUACGUAUAUUUCAUACAUUUCGAAGUAUUACAUUUGAGAAUAUAUACAAAGUUGCCAAAAGGGAAUGCUACAAUUACAAUUGUUGUGAUAAACUGUUCAACAGUUUUAAAAUACAUAAGUGACAUAUUAUGAUAUGAUUGAAAGAUGAUUAAAUUUAUAGGAAAAUUAAAAAUUGAUUACUGUUCUCAAAUUAUAAUCUUGUUCAACAGUCUAUCAAGCGAUAUUACGUAAUAUAUAAUUUCGAAAUUAUAAUAUUAAUAUAAUUCAGUGUAUAUGACUAUAUGGGAUGCUGUAUAUUUCUAAAUACAUAUAUGAAUAUACUACAAAUAUUUUUGGAAUUUCUUAUUUCAUUUUUAAUU